GCAGUAAACAACAUGGAGUUAAUAGGAUAACUACGGCAGGAAUCUCAGUUGAAGACUAGCAGACACAAAAUCAGUUCACAUUUGGCAUUGUGACAAUGCCAUGACGCUCAAGUUACCGUAAACGAAGGCUACUCCAGAACAAGCUGUACCACAAAACACGGAAAGGUUUUAAUGUUUUCAAUCAGCAGAAUUCGACAGUAAAAUCAAUGCAUGUGGAAGGAGUCAUCACAAAAGUCCUUGUACUCUACCCUCUCCUAACAUGCAUUGAUGAGUGUCAGUAAUGUGCAUAGCACUAACCACAUGAAUUAAUGCCUUUGCACAGACUUGAGAAAGUCAAUCUCAUUAUAUUUAGAAUGCAUGUAUCACAAACGCCAUGUCCUUUAAGCUGAUCUCAUUGACUUUUACUCUCCCAAUGUGCUCAGGAAUGAGAGAUGGCUAGCGUAAUUCAUUCAUCAAUAUCUCCAGCAACAGCAGACUGCCCAGGUUGGCAUCAGCACUAGCUAAAAAACUUGACAGGAGCAGACAUUAAUGUCAGUGAUCAGGGCAUAACUUCAGUUCAAAUUUGUCAGUUCCUAAAUGAGAAAGACACUAUGUCACUGGUUAGCACUGACAGCUCACUCUUUUUGAGUCUUUCUGGAGAGUCUGAAAGUGAUGAAGAUGAAAGAUCAAAUGUUGUAGAUGAUGUUUGGGAUCCUGUUUUUGAAGAAAUUAAGCAUUGUUUGUAUAAGUCUGACAGUGCCAAAAGUAAAACUUCAUCUGAGCAUAACUCAGAAGAAAGUGUGACUUACAACAUUUCAGACUAUUUUACCAACGUUCCUUAUGGGCUUCAGCCUAGGGAUACAUAUGAGCAUGACAAGAAAAAUACAGACAUCAUGGGAGUCACUUACAAUGGGAGGAUGAGACAGUUUAUUAUUCUUGAUUCCAAGGGCAUCACAACAUGGAAGAGAGAUGCAGUUGAUUUCAGGGUAACAAGGAGCAUGUUAUACCCUAAGUAUGAAUAUCGCCUGAUCACUUACCUGGUGUAUGCCAAGAAAUACAACUGCUAUUUUGCUCUUGGAAAAGAUUUUUCUUUGAAGGUUUUAAACCGAGAUUUCUAUGAGACAUGCUCUGUCAGUUCUAACCUGCGAUCUAUCCUUUUUAUGCUGUUUAAUCCUGUUCGUGAUGAGCUGAUUACUGGAGGAGUUGGUGGUGCAAAGGUAUGGCAUUUUCAUCAGUCAUCUAGCAAAAGUUACCAGGAACUGAAGCCCCUUGCUAACUACCAGCUUAGUCUGAAAUAUGAAUUGCCAAAUGUGGGUGGCAGCUGGGUGAAACACGUAGACCUGGACUACAUUCUGGAACACUUAUACUGCUGUUCAGAUACAGAUCUACAUGUGUACGACUUGCAGGGCAAGGAACUUUUCAAGUUUGAAAGAGCACACACAAUGUCCAUCACAGGAUGUCGAUUCUCCAUCUCUGCCAAAGUCUUGGUUACUUCCUCUCUUGAUAGUGAGGUGAAAGUCUGGAGUCUUACUGGUGGUCUCGUUCACACAUUUCGUGGCCACUCAAGGGCAGUAACCAACCUUCUCAUUCACCCCCAAACCUCUUCCAUCAUCAUCACCUGCUCUUUGGAUGGCUCUCUGCGCAUGUGGUCAUUAGAUACCAUGGAUGUCUUUUACAAUCUUGUGGUUUCAGCUUCAGGCUUAUUGUGGAUGGGACUGACUGAUGAUAACCUUCUGUACAUUAGCACAGCUCACAACAUUACCCUCUGGAAUCUAAACCAUUUUAUCCACUUCUGGAGUCUGACUCGCAGUCAGGUUAAUUGCUUGCAGCUGGAAGGUUGUCCUGGUAAAACAAAGCGUGUGCUUGCUGUAGGGGAGGAUAGCAGCGUGAGACUGUUUUCCAGAAAGGAUCAAAAAAAUAUGUCCACAGUUUUGCCACCACCAAGUCUCACCCCUUUACAGAAAAUCCUAGGAGUGUGCUACAGCCGCGAGUUCAAUGUCAUUUUUGUGCUUGUCAAUCCACAGAGCAUAUGGGUCUAUACUACCAGAACGGAUCCAGCUUGUAGAAUGGCUGUGUGGGAUGUACAUCGUAUUCAGUCAGCAUAUCUUCAUGCAACAAGUACAUUACACCAGGAAAGCAAGACUAUUCCAACGCACCGUGCUACAGAGAAUGGAUAUGGUAAUGAGUCUAUAGUCAACUGCUGCUGUGUAUGUAUCUUGAAGUCAUCUGCCAUGGUUUGGACAGAUGAAGGCUGCUGCUGCCCCAUCAGGCACUCAUAUCUUCUGCUUGGAUUGGAGGAUGGGCGUGUUUUAUUUAUGGAUCCUGUUAUCAAAGGCCAAAAAUACAUGGAGUUCAAGGUGUCAAAAGAUCCUGUGGUGAGCUUACACCAUGACAUGGACUACAAAAUGCUGGUGACAGUCUGUCGGUUGACACAUAUGACCUAUUUACAGUUCUGGAGCCUGCCUGAUCUGGAACUGCAGCACGAGGUGUUUUGUGCGCCAGACCUAGCUGCCCAUGCUCACAUUGGCUACAUGUGUGUGACAGGCCAUGAGAGUGGUCAUGUUUUGUUUCAUACACUUGAGCUGGCUACUGAUCCAGGGCUGUUAAAGGGACGAAUUGUGCCUGAAGUGGAUGACAUUAUUGAUAUAAGCCAUCGCCCAGAACACCUGGCAUCUGUUAUUACUGUAGAUGCCUGCAUCUCAAUGAAGGUCUUUUGUUCCUGCAGUAAGGAUGGAGCUAUCAAAAUUUGGGAGGAGAUGGGUGCUCUCUUGACGGAGAUAAUGCUGGAUGAUUCCCUCAGCGCUGCCUGCUUUUUGAAUAAAUCUGCAGAUCUCAUUGUUGCCUACAGGAAACAUAUCUUCUUCAUAGAUCACACCAAAGUCUGUCCACAUCUCACACCAACAGAAGAGGACAAUUACACUUUUGAUAAAGAAUCCUUUGUCUAUGAAGACCUUGCUGUCAUGUAUGAAGGAGUGACUGCAAACCCUGAUCCCAUUGAUCUUGAUAACUACUUGGUUCCAUAUGAUAUAGAGUUUUCCAAAGAUUUCCUCGAAGGUAUACUGGAUCUUGAACCUGUCAAAGUGAAGACUGAGGAAUCAGUUGAGGAGAGUCAGAUAUCCUUGGCCCCUACAGAUUUGUACAUUUCUCCACCCUUAACCCCUAACAGCUUGUCUGCUGUGGACUUGAUUGUGGAGUCAGAGGUCACAAAAUAUGACCUUCUUAAGCAGAUGUCCACUACAGUGCAGCUGUUGAUAGAUAGAGAAUAUGAGGCCCAAGUAAGAAAAGAGGGUCUUCCAGUUUCUCCCCAUUCAGGCGGCAAAAAGAAGUCCAAGUCUGAUAAAGAAGCAAAGAAAAGGAAACAAGAAUUACCAGACAUGAAAGAAGAGAUGACAGCAUCAGCAGGCCUGGCUCAAACACAGAAACAGAAAACUAUAGAAUCUCAUGAGAAUGAUAAAGAAGAGCAAGAAAUAGCAGUGGAAAAGACAGGAGACUGGAGAAAGCAGUGGAAGUCUAUCAAGCUUCCAAAGUUUGGUGUGUCACCUGGACCCUCUCCAACCCCCUCCCCUCCAUGUAGCCCUGUUCCUGUGGCAGUGUCUAACGAACAAGGAUCUUCUGAGUCCGAAGAGACCGAUGAAGACUUUGUAAAGCAGGGGUUAUUGCCACCAAAAAAGAUCCCUGACCUCGAACUUGUUGCAGAGGCUGUUUUGGAAAGAGAAAGAAUCAGAAAAAAGAAGGAGAAAGCAAGUGAAGUUCAACACAAAAUACCUGUGCCAGAGAAGGUAGAAAUAAUUUCUUCUGCAAAAAAGACACGGAGAGCCAUAGCUGAUGUUGAAAUCGAUGUAAAAAGUUUGAUGAAAGAUCACAGUCGAAAGGCACCACCCAUGAAGAAAGAAGCUGAUCACAUCCACAGUACAGUAGAGCUUCCUGUGGCUACAAAGGAGAGGACUGUGAGGGAGACAGACAAAAAGAAAAUCACUGGGGAGCGAAGACUUCCAAAGCGAGGCGUUCGGGCAGCACCACAAUCUAAGAACCAGGACAAAGAAAAGGAGGAGGUCCUUCAGAAAAUGGAUCAAGCAAAUGCUUCUUAUCUGAUGCCUUUGGAUCUUCUGGCAAAUGAGAACAAAAUAAUUAAAGACGAUAUUGAUGAUCACACUGUGGGUAAAGGAGAGAAGUACAAAGAAAAGGCACCAGAAACUGUUGUUGCUAGCAGCGAUUCUCAAAACAUAGAGGGCGCAUCUGCACCUGCAGACUCUUCCAUCAGUCUUGCAACAAGAACACAAGACUGGAUGAUGGCAAUGGAAAUUCCACCGCUCCCUUCAGUUCCAAAAGCUGUAGAUCAACCACCGCCAUCAAAUGCAUUUCUUCCUGCAAAGUCUUCUGCCAAAAUGCACCCAAUCGAUUUCUCGGUUAAUUAUAUCUCUGGUGGUGAUGGAUUAUUGAAAACACCGGACAUAGACAGGAGAACAGUAAGGGUGGCCUCCUUGCCUUCUGUGAAUGAGAUGGUGCAUGACAGUGGUAUGCCUACACCAUCCAUUUUUUCAGAGACAGAUGCAAACUGUACCACAACAUCAUUGAGUUUGACAGCUAGCAAACAGGUAGAUGGCUCUUCUUUGAUUCAAGAGGAAGUGCUCAGGCAAGAAAAACAGAGCCGGUUUCAACCAAGAACAGUUCCUUAUGCACUUUCUCAGCAAGGAUCACUGCACAUUAUCUUGCCACAAAUAGAGGAGUCAAGCCAUUCAGACAGUGGCCAAGCACUCAGUUUCAGUCCACGUUCAUCUGAUAGCAAGUCACCCAGGUCAACUUGCCCUCCAUCAGCUCUUAGCUCAGUGUCUCAUAAUCAGCAGACCACAUUGACACCAGUUUUGGAUGUGCAUGGAUUUCCUGAACAAAGACCUGGUGUUGCAGACAACACACCUACAAGAAUUUCUCCACACUCAGUUCUCGAUGGAGAGUUUGGUUCAUCACCCCAUCAGGUUUCCUCUUACAACCACGAGGAAGAUAGCAAAGCCUGGUCCCACGCAAGAAUCUCUGAUAUUUUGCAGGCAAGAAGACCAGCCACUACACUACAGGCAGCAUGCCAAACUAAUCAGGGGGAAGAAUGUAACAUCAUACGUCCCCUUACUGCUGGUGUCACAAGCUUUCACAGAGAACUGGAAUUAAUAAUAGAGCUCCCUUCUACAGCUGAAGAACUGACAUCUGCAGUUGAAGCUGCACUGUACCGUUAUAAAAGUGGCACAUCACAGGAACAAGACAAAUGGUACAUCAACAGUGGUAAAAACUUUGAAACAAAUUGGCAUGAAAAAGCAAUUGAAAGGCAUAUGUUGCUAAGGAUGCAGCGUGCUUUAAGAGCACACACAGCACAACAGCGGCGACAGAAGGCUUUCGAAGAACAGCAGCAGAAGUGGCUGGCACGUCAAAAUGAGGAGCUGAUGAGUACCAGCAGCAAAAUGGCUGACUUAGCACCACCACUUCUGAAGACAAGGCCUGCCACUGCCUAUGCCUCCACUUUGCAUCCUUCACCCUCUGAUCCAGCUCCCACCCCUAAUGCCAGUCGGCUACACACAGCAAGAGGAGGCAGAAAAAGAGCCUCACUGCAUGAGUAUCAAAAGGAACAAGUGAAUAACAAGCAGCUGAACAACGAACAGCCAUACAGGUUUCGCAUUCAAGAGACAGUCCCUGGGAGCAUGCCUGCUCACCACAGCUCUCUCUUCAUUGAUCCUUGGAGGCUGGAUCCCCGCAACCCCAAGGCAAUCAGACCUCACUCCAGCAAAUCCAUACCUAGCAAGAACAAUCGAUAUGUGCUGCUAACCCGACCACGCUCAAGCGCUCAGCUCCCAAUACCAACCUCACUGGAGGAAGAUCUAAUGGCAAGUCGCUUUCCAGAUCAGUGCCAUCGUCUUAUGCAAAACUUUGGAUCUGCUUUCCGACUUACUCGCCAGAACAGCGGCAUCAUUCCCUACAGUCCUUAUGUGCACUCUUAUUACUAAACUAACUUUACUGACUGAAAGUCAACUCUCUUUGCUUGUAACGUUUUAUUUGUAAAUAUAUCUUCUAGUCCUAAAUAUUUUUUGGCUUGUGAGUACUCUUUGCAAUUAUUAUUAAAAAUUUAAGCAUACAGAGGCCACAAAAAGCCUUCACUGCGGUUUAUAUAUGUUCUUACAUUUCCUCUUUAAGAAAUGACACGGUUUUAAAAACGUUUACUUCAAUUGUAACUGUUUUGCCCAACAUUUUCUGAGACAUCACAUAGUUAAAGCUGUCUUAGAUGUUAAAUGAUUAAAGUUAGCCUUAUUAUUUUAUCUUUGGUCAGACUACCAAUUAUGAAAUAUGCCUGCAAACUAUGCCACAAUUGUGUCCAAGGUAAAAGUCAGUGGUGCAUCAUGAAUAGUUGCUGAAAUAAUUAUCCAGCAGUUAGUAAAGAAAAAUAAAAACAGCAGCAAAAAAUGAUACUGAACUUUUCUUUAACU